AUGCCAGGUCCUCCAGUGUUUUAUAAAGUCAAAACGUUUGCCAGCGAAUGCUAUUUGCCUCCAGGUAAUUUUAAAAUUAUUUUUAUAAUACAGUAUUUACUAGUAUAAGUUAUCAUGAAGAGCUUUAUAAUUGAGGAUUUACAUCAAUCUAGCAUCGAAAUGCACUAUCUUAGACAUGUUUUAAUGUUAUUAUAGAUGAUUUUGUGAAAGUUAAAAUGAGUAUAAAACAUAGUGGAACACCCAAAAGAGUAAUUGAAAUUCAAGUAAAACAACGAAUUGUACCUCUUUAAAGUCCUCAUAAAAUACUUUUUCACUUCCAGAUUCCGGUGCUUGUGAUAAUGGAGUAGAGAGCCCGAAAUCAGAUCUGAAAAAGUCGUCAGUACGAACAACAACACGGUACUACUUCGAUACUGUAACCGAGGAAUGUUAUCCAUUCGCUUUUCUGAUGCCUCACUGUUCCAAGAACGCCAACAACUUUGCCUCACUCGAGAAAUGCCGCAGUUUUUGUAGACAAAUCUAA